AUGUUCCCUGGGAGCGAGAACGAAGCGCAGGAACGAUUAUUGCGUGCACCGCUAAACCCUCAACAUGCAGCGUUAGAUAAUUCGAGUCAUCCAAGCAGUAUCCGUCAGCAGGAUACAGCCAGCUUUACGUCGCUUUCGAGCCUCUCUGCACCCACCACAUACUGGCAAAAAAUGAAGAUGAUGGAAGCGGCCACCUUACUGCGCUAUCUUCGUUAUGCUAACGUUGUGCUAGCGGUUUUACAAGCACUUGCAGGCUUUUUGGGGCUUUUUAAUCUCGUUGUGCUAGAUAUCACCUGUUUUCUCAUCUCCUUUUACGCCAUUAUUUUUGCGUUGUUGCUGCUAGCCUUUGAAUGUCGCUUUAAACACAUGGAACCGUGGAUCCGCCUGCAAUUUGGCUUUUUGUUUACAUACGGUGGCCGCACUGCCUUUAUCUUUAUCGUGGGCUUCAUGGAUUUUGGCAUGGAAGGCCCGCUGUCGUUUUUUGUCGGCCUUCUCAUGUGUGGAAACGCUAUCUUAAGUUUGCUCAUCAUGCUAUAUCACCCGCAAUUUCGAGAAGGAAAGUUUGAUAUGAACAUGGACCCGACUGUUAUGUACCGCCCUGCAGUCGAAGAAACCGAGACGUUGCUACGUCAACAUGAAGAUAUUGCGGCCAAAGCCGGCGCUUUCGUACUUCAUGAAGCAGAAGAGCACCCGGAAUUUAUGGCAAAGAUGGCCCAAUCAUACGCUGCUCAGCACGGCUACAUCCCUCCCGCACAAGUGUAA